AUGCGGCGCUACAGAACCGCUACGGGCCGGUCGCCGGAGCCCACCUGGGAGGGACCACCACUCAGCCGCCCGGCUCGCUCCCGCCGCAGGCUGCCGGUGCCCCCCCAGCCCUCCUCGGGAACCCAGCCCGCUCCUCCCUGCUCCUCCCCAAGUUUGCAGAGGGUCCCGGGAGGCGGCGGCGGGGGCAGCGCCGUCGGGGAAUCGCAGCCCCGCAGCCCCACUCAGACCCCCCCGCCCGCGGCGCAGCCACCCCAAGGUCACCCCCUCCCCCGGGAGAGCGAACUUUGGGUACCACUCACUUCCGCGGAGCAGGGCGGAGGGCAGCGCCGGGAUGCGGCUGCCGCGGGAGAGCCGGAGGGCGGCGCGGAGCUUCCGCCGGCAGCAGCGCGCAGAGCGGCUGGGCUGGGCUGCGCGCCUCCCCCUCCCCGGCGACUUUCACUUCACCUGCAGGCAGCCCGGCUGCGGCGGGGCGGGCGGCUCCGCAGCUCUCCGCGGGACUGCAGUCACUGCGGCAGCGCCCUGCCCUCCCCGCCCCGCGGGGGGAGCCGGGCCGGCGGGGCGGGCCGCGCAACACAGCGCAGCGCAACACAGCGCAGCAGAGCGCAGCGCAGCCCCGUGGCCGCUAGUCCCGCUGGGGAACGGGGCGAGCCCUACUCUGGGGGUGCCCGCAGACCCUGGGCGGGAGGAAGGGAAAGAAGGACCUCUGGGGUGCCGAGGACCCUUCUCAGCCCCUCUGCGGACGCGGAGAUAGCGCAGCUCCCCUGCGCGGACGCCCGCCCCAGUGGAUGCUUUCCUGCAGCUGCUGGGUAG